UCAGCAUCAAGAUCAAGAGAAACAGAACCUGAGCUUUAAUUCUGAAGCGGCUCCGCUACUGAUAAUUCAACAUCUGCAAAGUCACUUGCGUGAUGGCUGUUUGGAAGAAAUGCGUGGGAGAAACCAUCCUCUUGAUUGUCCUUUUCAAUCACCAUCUUGCCUGGUGUCAUUUUCCAGCCUUCAUGCCUUGCGAUGGAAAUAGGACUUCCAAACAGAUAGACUGCAGCAAGAGGCAUUUAACCUCAGUGCCAAUAAUCAGAUCAGAAAAUGCCACCAUCCUACUGCUGAAUAUGAAUUUGCUACAAGAAGUCAAUAACCAAGCCUUCUCAGGUGUCCGAAACCUCCAGGUGAUUGACCUGAGUAUGAACUGCUGCCCAGGGAACCUGCGCUUACCUGGUCAGAUAUGCAAAUUAACCAUCAAGUCCAGAGCCUUCCUUCAUCUUCAUAAUUUAAAAGUAGUUAACCUAACUGGAAAUAGUUUAACUAGCAUCCCACUACUGCCUGCAAACCUUAUUGGCUUAGAAUUGGCACUCAAUAAUUUGCAAUUUAUUAAUGUCUCCAAUCUGGUUAACCUGGAAUUUCUCAACUUUAGUAAAAACUGCUUCUAUCAAAAUCCAUGCAAUGGAUCAUUUACCUUUGAUGAGGACAUGUUUAGGAACAUGCCACACCUAUACUCACUGGACCUGAGUUUCAACAGCAUAACAACUGUGCCCAGGGGACUCCCAGGAUCCUUGAAAAAAUUGAUACUGUCUGAGAAUAAGAUUCCACAGAUCUCUUCAAUGGAUUUUAAAAAUCUCAUUCAUUUGGAAUACCUUUCUCUGGCGUGGAACUGCCAAAGGUGUGAUCAUGCUGCCCAGCCGUGUUUCCCUUGCGAAGGCAACAAGUCCAUUGACUUAUCUGCAGAAGCCUUCACUGCUCUGAAGAAUCUGAAACAGCUGGUGCUUAGGGGCAACUCUCUUAGGCAUUUGAAUGACACCUUAUUCCAGACACUUGGAAACUUAACCUCCUUGGAUCUAUCUGACAACUACCUUGCCUAUGCAAUACAAAAUGCUACAUUUUUUGCCAGCCUGACCAGUCUACAAGAUCUCAACUUAAAGUAUAACUAUCAACCAUUGAAAACUUUUGAACGCCUUGUCUUGCCCCCUUCUUUAGCGAACCUGAUAUCUUUGAAUAAGUUUCAGAUAGACGGAUAUUUCUUUCACAUUUUGGAUAAAAAUGACAUACAUCCAUUGCUCAGUAUUCCCAACAUCAAGUCUGUAAACUUUCGGAUGAAUUUCAUUGAGAAGAUUGACUUAAAGCUCUUUGCAAAUACAGAGUCAUUGAAAUAUAUUGGGCUUUCAGAAAACAGGGUGUCGUUUUCUCCGCAGAACUCCUGGCCACGUCAAGAUAAAAAUGGCAGGAACAAUGAAGACUUUGUUGACACCAGCCACAAAGAGGGCCAGAUCCCUGAGAGAAGAAGUGACUAUGAGAAUAUUCAGAGAAAGAAAACAAAAGGAGCAUCUUCCUUCUUUUCUUUUGAGAAAUGCUCUUCUUUUGGGAAAGUCUUUGACUUGUCAUUCAAUAAUAUUGCAGACAUAAAGCCGAAGAAUUUUGAAGGACUGGAAAACAUCCAGUGCCUUUUAUUGUCUUGCAAUUACAUUACACAGGCAUUGAAUGGCAAACAAUUCAACAAACUGAACAGCCUGAAGUAUUUGGACCUUGCUCACAAUAGAAUAGAUUUCUAUUUUAGGGAGGCAUUUUCGGAGAUCCCAACACUCGAAGUUUUAGAUCUCAGUUACAAUAGCUACACUUUUGAAAUGAUAGGGAUGGGCCAUCGUCUCGAAUUCAUCAAAAACAUGCGCUCUAUUAGAUGGUUAAGUCUUGCAAAUAACUAUAUAGCAAAACGGGUCUCAAGUGAACUCCACAGUAACACUUUGAAUGUGUUGGACUUUAGUGGAAACUUGUUGAGUGUGAUGUGGGAGAGUGGGACAAAUACUUACUGGAAUUUUUUCCACAAUCUUCACAACUUAACAGUUCUGGAUAUCUCGAGGAACAUUCUGAAGACAGUACCUCCAGAAGUAAUGGUUAGAUUUCCACAAAGUCUGAAAGAACUUUACAUUAACAACAAUGAAAUUGACUUUUUCAAUUGGGAUAACCUAACAAAAUUGAUAAACCUUGAAAUUCUAGACUUGGGCCAAAAUUUGCUCUGUGGUUUACCUUCAAAUCCAUGUCACUUUCCCAAAACAUUCUCCAAACUCAUUUUGCAAAACAACAAAAUAUCCCACCUUCCUGCUGAGUUUUUUUCUGAGGUCAAAUCAAUACGUUAUCUUGACUUAAGUCAUAAUUGUAUCAAAGAAUUGCAUGCAAGUAGUCUUCCUUCUGAACUUCUGCAAGGGUUGAACACGCUGGCUCUUGGCAACAACCCUUUUAGUUGCACUUGUGAUGCUGACUGGCUCAUUCAUUUCAUCAAGGACACAAAGAUUUCACUACCACAUCUCACUACUGAUUGGAAGUGCGGUUUCCCAGAAUCACAAGAAGGCCGAAGUAUUCUUUUAACAGAUCCCUUGUCCUGUCAGAAAAUGCUUGGGAGUAUAGGUUUUGUCGUGUCCUUUCUGCUAACUGUGAUCUUCACAGCCCUGCCAAUAUUGAAUAAAUUAUUUGGCUGGGAUUUUUGGUAUACUUUCCAUAUAUGUGUCGCCAAGUUAAAAGGCAGCACAAUAAUUCCCUCAGAAAAUCUGCAAUAUGACGCAUUUAUAGUCUUCGAUACUAGUGACAAAGCUGUGGCUGACUGGGUCUACCAUGAGCUCGUGAUGAACCUUGAGAAGAACGGACAGCCUAGUUUCAGCCUUUGUCUCGAGGAGAGAGAUUGGACUCCUGGGAAGUCAACGAUAGAGAACUUGUAUGAUGCCAUCUACCAAAGUAGGAAAACAAUCUUCAUACUGGCAAACACUUGCAUUGUAAGUGGACAGUUGAGACAGGCUUUUUUCAUCGCUCACCAGCGGCUACUAGAUGAGAAGAUGGACGUCAUAGUCUUGGUCCUUUUGGAUCAGUUCUUGCAAAAGUCUCGUUAUCUCCAGUUGCGUAAGAGAUUGUGCAAAGCUUCUGUUUUAAGAUGGCCUCACAACCCUCAUGCGGAGCGUUAUUUCUGGCUUAAGCUGCAGAGAGUAUUGACAAGAGAUAACAAGUUGCAAUAUGAUCCAAAUUUCAGUGAGAGUUUUUUACCCUUUGAAUACAACUUACACAGCAUCUUGUGGCAAAAUCAUUAAUUGAAGAUCAAGGGUUGAUUACCUGGAUUAUUCCAAAUUAUCCUUAAACCAUUCACAGAUUAAUAAAUUCUCACAAAACACAGGAUAAAUCAAUACCACCUCUGGUACACUCAGCAUGUCAAUAAUUAAUUUACUUGUCAACCAACAACUAUCUGCUCGAUCACAGGAUUUUAGAACCAGAAUCAGAUUUAUUAUUACUGUAAUAUAUGAAAUGAAAUUUUACAUUUUGUGGAAGCAGAACAGUGCAAAGAUAUAAAACUACUGCAAUUUACUAAAUAAAUCAAUCAAUGAAAAAGGAAUAAUGAAGUAAUGUUUAUGGGUUCAUGGACUGUUCUGUAAUCUGAUAACAGAAGGGAAGAAAUUGUAUAUGAAUCAUUGAGUCUGGAUCUUCAGACUCCUGUACUUCCUCCCUGAUGGUAAUAACAAGAAGAGGGCAUGUUCUGGAUGGUGAGGAUCCUUAAUGCUAGAUGCCACCUUCUUGAAGCACUGCCUCGUGAAGGUGUCCUCAUUGGUAGGGAAGGUUGUUCCCAUGAUGGAGCUGGCUAUGCAGCCCCCUGCAUUCCUGUGCAUUGGAGCCUCCAUACCAGGCAAUGCAACCAGUCAGAAUGCUCUCUGCCAUACAUCUGUAGAAAUUUGUAAGAGACUUUGAUGACAUACCAAAUCUCCUCAACCUCCUAACAUUACUAGCAAUGCAAUAAUUUACUGUCAGCCCCUCAGUAUUGAUUC